ACGAAGUUUGGUUGUCCGUGCAGCAAGCAACCCAAACAUGGCCGACAACACCGUGGAGCUGAUUGCCGACAACGACGUGAAAGGAGGCCCGGAACGGCGAAGCGGCCGUGCACCGAAGAAGCCUUCCCAGUCGUACGAGGACAUCCUUGAAAGAGAAGACAUCGUCAGGAGUGUGGCGAAAAUCGACCGAGCGUCCAAGUUGGCAGAGGCUCAUGGAAACGCGGAGGAGGGUGAAUCCAUAGACGUCGACUUGACGAAGCAAGGAAAGUCGUCCAAGAAGCGAAAUCGAGGGGAAGUGGAGGAGGGAUACGUAUCCCUGACAAUGCCGAAGGAGAUCUCUGUCGUUCUCAACUCAUACAGCCCUUGCGUCAUGUGUCACGAACUGCUAGGGCUGGACGUGUUGUCGCACUGCCUCGACUGCUGCAAGUACUUCCACACCCUGUGUCUCAAGGAUACAACGAUCCCGUUGAACUGUUCGUCGUGCGAGCUCACGCGGGACGCGAUCAACGCCAACCCGAGCUACAAGAACAACGAGGUGUUGGGGGAGUACAACGAAAUGGGACCCGCGGCUGCUGCGAAGCACUUGUUUGAGUAUCGUAUGACACUGCUCCAUCGUUAUGCGCAUCCCGAUCUGCACAAACACUCGAAAUCCAAGACAUCGUCGACGCCAUCCCAAGUACUUGUAGCGGCCACGCCAAGCAAAGCCUCCCCCAAGGGCAAGCGGCGGCCAAAAGGCAAGGCAAGUGCCAAAGGUCGAAGUCACAAGCGUAAAGCUCCAUCCAUGGCCACCCCAGCCAUCCAUGUUGACGAGAUCGAACAAGACGAAGAAGAAGAGGAACAAGAUGCCAACUCGUUCUUCGACCAAACGUCCAUCCCGGUGGAGCUGCCUACGAAACCCAAGCAGACCAACACUCCCCCAACGGACACUGCCGAGUCCACGGCCAAAUUCAAUGACAUGGAGCCACAGCAGGCGCCUCUCCAUCGCCUCCGCCGCGGGAGCGGAGAUUUCACUUCGUUUGGGGAAGAUGUGGUGAAGAUGGAAGCCACGGCGCGGACGGGCGAGCCGUCAGCCGACAUGAAGGACUUUGGCGGGAGCAUCGAUGUUGAUCUGGUGCCGCCGCCGCACAUGGCCUUGUUGACGGCGCCGACGCCGUCGCCGCCGCCCCAAGUCGAGGACAUUCCAAUGCUGGACAACAUCAUGGACGACGAGCAGCAUGCUGCUGUGGAAACGGAGACGUACGAGAGCGCGUGGCCGGCGGGUAUGAUGUUUGGCGACGAUGCAAAGGAAGACGACCCCGAUCAAACGACUUAGAACGACAGCAUAGACAUCACGGCGAUGUACGUUGUGCUGGUCAAUAGUACAUAAAUGACCUACUACGUAUGUUUGUAAGUCGUGCACAAUCUCAUGAGCCCAAGUGGUGUUGAACAUGAUUCAUAACGUUAUUCA